GCAGGAACGAAUUUCAUAUACACCUCCCGAGAGCCCGGUGCCAAGUUACGCUUCCUCGACUCCACUUCAUGUUCCAGUGCCCCGAGCGCUCAGGAUGGAGGACGACUCGAUCCGCCUGCCCGCGCACCUGCUGCUAUCCUGUAAGCCGCGGAAUCUGCAUCAAAAUCCCAUUUACACAGAGAGUUUGGGACAAAGGGUGUUUUGAUGAAUGUAUAUUGUGGCAAAAGACCUUGAACUGAGUAUCGUUCAAACCAGUGCCAUCAUCUCGUGACUCCGAGCCCCCGUUUCCUCCUUGUUAAACUGAAAUGAGAACAUGACGGAUUUCACGGAGCUUUUGUGAGAAUCACGUGAGGCUUGCAGCCAGUUUACUGGAGCAGGGAUGACGUAGCCCAGUGGCUCAAGUGGGCUGAAAACGAGUUUUCUUUAAGGCCAAUUGACAGCAACACGUUUGAAAUGAAUGGCAAAGCUCUCCUGCUGCUGACCAAAGAGGACUUUCGCUAUCGAUCUCCUCAUUCAGGUGAUGUGCUCUAUGAACUCCUUCAGCAUAUUCUGAAGCAGAGAAAACCUCGGAUUCUUUUUUCACCGUUCUUCCAUCCUGGAAACUCUAUACACACACAGCCAGAAGUCAUCCUGCAUCAGAACCAUGAAGAAGAUAAUUGUGUCCAGAGGACCCCAAGGCCACCAGUGGAGAACGUGCACCACAACCCCCCCACCAUUGAACUGUUGCACCGUUCUAGAUCGCCUGUCACAGCCAAUCACCGGCCUUCUCCCGACCCCGAGCAGCGGCCCCUCCGGUCCCCCCUGGACAACAUGAUCCGCCGCCUCUCCCCGGCCGAGAGGGCCCAGGGGCCGAGGCUCCACCAGGAGAACAACCACCAGGAGUCCUACCCCCUGUCAGUGUCUCCCAUGGAGAAUAACCACUGCCCGCCGUCCUCCGAGCCCCACCAGAAGCCAUCGAGCCCCCGGCAGGAGAGCACCCGCGUCAUCCAGCUGAUGCCCAGCCCCAUCAUGCACCCUUUGAUCCUGAACCCCCGGCACUCCGUGGAUUUCAAACAGUCCAGGCUCUCCGAGGACGGGCUGCAUAGGGAAGGGAAGCCCAUCAACCUCUCGCAUCGGGAAGACCUGGCGUACAUGAACCACAUCAUGGUGUCUGUCUCCCCGCCCGAGGAGCACGCCAUGCCCAUUGGGAGAAUAGCAGACUGUAGAUUGCUUUGGGAUUACGUCUAUCAGUUGCUUUCUGACAGCCGGUACGAAAACUUCAUCCGAUGGGAGGACAAAGAAUCCAAAAUAUUCCGGAUAGUGGAUCCCAAUGGACUGGCUCGACUGUGGGGAAACCAUAAGAACAGAACAAACAUGACCUAUGAGAAAAUGUCCAGAGCCCUGCGCCAUUACUACAAACUAAACAUUAUCAGGAAGGAGCCAGGACAAAGGCUUUUGUUCAGGUUUAUGAAAACCCCAGAUGAAAUCAUGAGUGGCCGAACGGACCGUCUGGAGCACCUUGAGUCCCAGGAGCUGGAUGAACAAAUGUACCAAGAAGACGAGUGCUGAGGGAACCAAGCCCCGGCCUCAGCGGGGGGCCGGCAGCUGGGGGGGGCCCCCUGCCCAGCAGGGCCCUGGAGGCGUGGCCAGCAGGCGGGCUGAGAGCUGAACCGGAAGAGACCGGGGAAGUGGGAGUGACACUUGUCUCACGUAGCAGGAGGGCCCCCAGAGCACCUUAGACAAACCACCCAGCAAAGGCGGGGCUGGAAUUCUGGCCGAGGGCACGAGCCUGGGACUCCUGGUUCUGUUUCCUCCUCAUGUGGAACCUCUCCAUCUGUAAUUCCUCACCCUCACCCGUCCACCUAUUGUUAGUUUCAUGGUGUUUUCGGUUUUUUGUUUGUUUGUUUGUUUUUUAAAGACCAUGCGGUUUGACUUUUCAUCAUUCAUACAGGGGAAGACAUCUGAGGUUGUUUUCCUAUGGAAAUAUAUAUCUAUUAUAUAUAUCUAUUUUUUGCAAAUCUCACAAAGUGCGGCAAGCCCAGCUGGUCAGGAAAGAGAACACUUGCAAAGGGUUUCAGUUUCCUCUUUAUCCUGCCACGUGGAUCAGGUUUGUGCCUGUUGCUGUUGGGUCUUGGCUGGAAAAAAAAAAAGAAAAAAAAAAAGAUGCUUUUAAAAAAGAUAAAAUGAAAAGGAGA